ACCCGGCCCUCUCCCGCGCGCGCCCCGCCACCCGCGCGCACUCGCUCACGCUCCCCCUCGCGCACACACAUGGUCGGCUCGCGGCAAAGUUUCGCCCGCGGCCGCCACUCCGGGAUCCUGCCGCAGUGCUCGGGGCUGUAACCUUGAACUUUCCCAGCGCGGUGACACGGUCUCCUCGCUCUCCCUCCCGCGCUCUCUCCCGCGCCCCCCUCCCCGCCUUUUUUAAAAAAGCAUUUCGCCACCAACCACCACCCCAAUCCAACCCGCAGCGAACCUUCGCGCACCCCCUAGCCCCCAACAACAACAACAACUGCAAAACAGAAAAUAAAUCCCCAAACCCAAGCGAAGAGCAGCCAACACCGGCGGCGGCGGCGGCGGCGGCGGCGGCGGCGGCCUCGGCGAGCAGGGCCAGCGCGCCCGGACUGCAAGAGGGUUAAAAGUGUAGAUUGGAUUUCACCCCGGGAAAUCCAGCACGCCGAGUGAACUUGAAUCUUUGGCUAUUUAUUUAUUUGACUGGGUUUGUUGUGAAGUUGCGGCGAUCCGGCGCAGAGCCCCGUCCUGAUUGAUCGCAUCGCGGGGCUCAGAUGACUGUAAAAUGAAUAGAUGAAAUUCUGGCUUCUCGAAGAUUUUCUUGGGCAUCUCCGGGAAAGUGCGUUUUAAGGCGAAGUCAUGAUGUAUUCUCCCAUCUGUCUCACUCAGGAUGAAUUUCACCCAUUCAUCGAGGCACUACUUCCACACGUCCGUGCAAUCGCCUACACUUGGUUCAACCUGCAGGCUCGGAAACGCAAGUACUUUAAAAAGCACGAGAAGCGAAUGUCAAAGGAUGAAGAAAGAGCAGUCAAAGAUGAGCUUCUCAGCGAAAAGCCUGAAAUCAAACAGAAGUGGGCAUCCAGGCUCCUGGCCAAACUGCGCAAAGACAUCCGCCAGGAGUACCGAGAGGACUUUGUGCUCACCGUGACUGGCAAGAAGCACCCGUGCUGUGUCUUAUCCAAUCCCGACCAGAAGGGUAAGAUUAGGAGAAUCGACUGCCUGCGACAGGCAGACAAAGUCUGGCGUCUGGAUCUAGUCAUGGUGAUCCUGUUCAAAGGCAUCCCCUUGGAAAGUACCGAUGGAGAGCGGCUCAUGAAAUCCCCACAUUGCACAAACCCAGCACUUUGUGUCCAGCCACAUCAUAUCACAGUAUCAGUUAAGGAGCUUGAUUUGUUUUUGGCAUACUACGUGCAGGAGCAAGAUUCUGGACAAUCAGGAAGUCCAAGCCACAAUGAUCCUGCCAAGAAUCCUCCAGGUUACCUGGAGGAUAGUUUUGUAAAAUCUGGAGUCUUCAAUGUAUCUGAACUCGUGAGGGUAUCCAGAACACCCAUAACCCAGGGAACUGGAGUCAACUUCCCAAUUGGAGAAAUCCCGAGCCAACCAUACUAUCAUGACAUGAACUCGGGGGUCAAUCUUCAGAGGUCACUGUCUUCUCCACCAAGCAGCAAAAGACCCAAAACUAUAUCCAUAGAUGAAAAUAUGGAACCAAGUCCUACAGGAGACUUCUACCCAUCUCCGAAUUCACCAGCUGCUGGCAGUCGAACAUGGCAUGAAAGAGAUCAAGAUAUGUCUUCUCCGACUACUAUGAAGAAGCCUGAAAAGCCACUGUUCAGCUCUACAUCGCCACAAGAUUCUUCCCCAAGAUUGAGCACUUUCCCCCAGCACCAUCAUCCCGGAAUACCUGGAGUUGCACACAGUGUCAUCUCGACUCGAACUCCACCUCCACCCUCACCGCUGCCAUUUCCAACACAAGCUAUUCUUCCUCCAGCCCCGUCGAGCUACUUUUCUCAUCCAACAAUCAGAUAUCCUCCCCACCUGAAUCCUCAGGAUACUCUGAAGAACUAUGUACCUUCUUAUGACCCAUCCAGUCCGCAAACCAGCCAGCCUAACAGCAGUGGUCAAGUGGUAGGGAAAGUGCCUGGCCAUUUCACACCUGUCUUGGCACCCUCUCCCCAUCCCAGUGCAGUGCGACCUGUGACCCUGACCAUGACAGAUACUAAACCCAUCACUACAUCCACUGAAGGUGAGGCAGCUUCACCUACAGCAACCACCUACACAGCCUCAGGCACAUCUCAAGCCAAUCGAUAUGUGGGACUAAGCCCAAGAGACCCAUCCUUCCUACAUCAGCAACAGCUGAGGAUUUGUGACUGGACCAUGAAUCAAAACGGCAGGCAUUUAUACCCCAGUACCAGUGAGGAUACAUUGGGAAUUACUUGGCAAAGUCCUGGUACCUGGGCUAGCUUGGUUCCUUUCCAAGUAUCAAAUAGGACACCCAUCCUACCGGCAAAUGUCCAAAAUUACGGUUUGAACAUAAUUGGAGAACCUUUCCUUCAAGCAGAAACAAGCAACUGAGGGAAAAUGAAAUACAACAGUAGUUUAAGAAAUCAAAAAAAAAAAAAAAAAAAAAAAAAAAAGGAAAAGAGGAAGACCGGACAAAACAAAACAAAAGGGAGAAAGGAAAGCAACUGAAGAAAGAAGAUAUAGACCAGCAAUUGCAGCACUUACAAUCACUAAUUCCCUUAAGGUUGAAACUGUAAUGACAUAAAAAGGGUCGAUGAUAUUUCGCUGAUGGUAGACGCAGCCCCUGCAACGUAGCCUUUGUUACAUGAAGUCCGCUGGGAAAUAGAUGUUCUGUCUCUAUGACAAUAUAUUUUAACUGACUUUCUAGAUGCCUUAAUAUUUGCAUGAUAAGCUAGUUUUAUUGGUUUAGUAUUCUUGUUGUUUACGCAUGGAAUCACUAUUCCUGGUUAUCUCACCAACGAAGGCUAGGAGGCGGCAUCAGAGGUGCUGGGUGACAGAGCCAUGAGCCAGCCAUUUUAUAAGCACUCUGAUUUCUAAAAGUUAAAAAAUAUAUAUAUAAAAUCUCUGUAGCCUUUAGUUAUCAGUACAGAUUUAUUAAAUUUUGGCCCUUAACCCAGCCUUUUCCAGUGUGUAACCCAGUUUGAAACCUUAAAAAAAAAAAAAAAAAAGAGAAGAAAAAAAAGAAAAAAAGAAAAAAGAAAAAAAAAACAGUUUGAACACAAAGGCUCUAUGGAAGAAAUGCCUCUAUGUAGGUGAAGUGUUAUCUCUGCAUGCAACAGUAAAAAUUAAUAUAAUAUUUUCCCCACAAAAGAAACACUUAACAGAGGCAAGUGCAAUUUAUAAAUUUAUAUCUAAAGGGGAAUCAUGAUUAUAAGUCCUUCAGCCCUUGGACUCUAAAUUGAGGGGAUUAAAAAGAAUUUAAAAUAAUUUUGAACGAAUUUAUUUUCCCCUCAGUUUUUGAGGGCAUUGAAAAGGCAUUAAAUCAAGACAAAUCAUGUGCUUGAGGAAAAAAAAAUUAAUGAAAACACAGCACUUAUGUUGGUUUAGCUGCAGCCUCCUUGGAGGUAGAAUUUAUUUAUUUAAAAUUACUGGUUGCAUCAAGAACCCAUAGGGUGUACGUACAAAAGGUUCUAUAAAAUCUGCAUCAUAGAGACAAAGAGGCAGGCAAAUCCAUGUCACAAGGGUAAAGCUUACAGUUUACAAACUGGGAACGCCAGGGUGUAGGAUAUAAAAACGCACUCUUGAGAAAACAAAUGUAAUGAGGGUGCUGAAAACUUGCAUGGUGCUUUCAGACAUUAGCCUUGUUCAACAAAUUUCUUGUAUUGACAGAUCUGUAGUGUGCAUGGGCAGACACAUUUUGCCUCUAUGUCUCUUAAAAUUUUAAUUAAAAAUACUCUUUCCAGUAAUCCUAAUUUGCACGAAGAUAUAAUGUCCACAUUACGUGCCUUGCCUUGAAAUCUAAAAACAAAAAAAAAACAAAAAAAAAAACACAAAAAAGUGACAUCACUACACUUGUUUUGCUGCAUUUAUUAUCAUUUUAAAUCUUUACCAUUUUUAUGACAAAAUAUUUUGUACUCCAGACGAAGAAAAAUGUGUGACAUCAUGGAUUUUUUAGACAGUUAUACCUUUAUCUCACAUUUAUAAAGCAUAUCAUGGCUGUGUAUAGUUGCCGCUUAAAAAUUGUAAUCGACCAGCAAUAUUUUCAGUAUUUUGGUGUUUUUCUAUUAACCUUUCAUGUUUUUCAUCUUCCAAUUAAUAUUUGGGGGGGAGGGGUUUCAAAUUUAUACGAAUUAUGCAAUACCAAGUUUUGCCUAUGUAGGUAGUGCUUUUAGCUGUAUUGGUUAUUAUAGGUAAGUACACAGAUUUAAAAAAAAUAAUGUAUGCUUUUUUUUGUUUGUUUGUUUUAAUUGACCAAAGUGGGUACUGCUAUUUUUGCAGUGUGAUGAGGUCCUUUGUGUACUGAGAGAUGGACAGGGGAUUUUUUUUAAUAUACAUAUAUAUAUAUUCUGGGGUGGGUGGGAGGAUUUUUAACACUUUACAGUGUAGCUGUGAAGCAGUGCACCCUGAGACGGGCCUGGGCUGCAAAGCGACUGUUCUGUCUACUGUGACAAACUGCAACUUCCACAGGUUCCACCCUCUCUAACUUCCCACCUGGGGUGCAAGCUGAACUCAUUUCUGGUUUUCAUAACAACAAAAGUAGUAAGAAAGUGAACACAACAAAUUCUCCUGGAGGCAGACUUGGCUUAAAACAAACUGUCUUAUCUUUUUAUUUUAUUUUUAAUUUUUAAUUUUUUUUUUUUUUUUUUUUGUGGUGGUGGUGGUGGUAGUUUUUCUCAAAAGUUCCAGAUCCACAGUGGAGAGUGAGCCUGUCUCAUAUUUGGCAAAAAUAUUGGUGGAACCAUCCACCAAGUGGAUGGUUCACACUUCGGGGGGGUUUAACACAUUGAGCAUAUUUUCUCCUCCAAAACACAUCAUCCUGACUGGAGGGAGUGCUUCUGUAUUCUUUCUCCACCAUUUCUCUUCCCCCAUUUAUUCAUUUAUCAUUAAUGGUAGCAUAUGAUCUACCUGUGACUCACUACUUCAAAUGGAUUGCAGCGCACUUGGAAUUAUUUUUUUUAAUACAUCCAGAGGAUUGAACAGAGGGUUGCUGUAUUAAAUGUAUUUGGACUUUUGGAUUAAAAUCAAAGUUCAAUUUUUAAGGAACAAAAAAAUAAUGAAUCUUGUUACGUUUUUAUUUUACCUGCCCUUUUAAGCUGAGAACCAGAGCAGAAGGGAAAUGUAGAAUUUUCAGAAAUUAAUGUUCCUGUGGAUGAAUUAAGCCCCAUUAGAUGCUGAUGGGAUUUUUUAAGGGAUGGUGCCUCAAAUAUAUAUUUGAUUUAGUUUCCCCUGAGGGCUAGUGGGUGAGUGGAGGCUGGGUUUAUUUUGCUCUUACACCCCUCCCCCCCAUACCCACCCCGAUCCCAUUGAGGGAAUUCAUUACUAGAAGGAAAAUCUUUCAGAAUUAGUGACACACGGAGGGCAGUCUCAAGGAGCCCCCUGACCCGCUUCCCCCAGGCCAUGGCCUAAUAAAAUAAACUGUCCAUUGUUCUCACAACGUAUGAUUUCAUAACGAAUACUUUAGAACAAUGCAUGUAGGUCUAGAAUUGUAUUUCAUUAGCCCGUUCAGUCCGUUAGCACAGCAGGAUCCUAGCCACGCAAGUUGAUGAGUUAAGUCCACUCAUUUCUGUGAUACUUGCCCUAGUCCGAAACAGCUCAUCUCAGCCAAGCUCUUCACGCAUCUUUGACCUUGAGUAGGUGAACAAAUCAACCUCACAGGACACGCAGUAUUUUUUUAAGAGCAGACUCGCUCUCUUUUGUUUGUUUGUCUGUCUGUUUCUUUCUUUCUUUCUUUCUUUCUUUCUUUCUUUCUUUCUUUCUUUUUCUUUCUUUCUCUUUCUUUUCUUUCUUUUUUUGCCAGAGAAUGAGCAGUUCUAGCUAAUAAGUAAAUUACACACUGUGGGUAUUCCUGCCUGCCUCUUGAAUACAAAGGCCUAGUUCAAGUGUUGCUCUUUUUUUUUUUAAUCCGUUUUUUCCCCUCCUUUCCUUUUGUGAUAAAAUUAUUAAAAAUACUACUAUCUGUAGAAAAUCUCAAAUCCAUUUUUCGGCCUCCUCCUCUUUUAACCAGGAAGUAUAUUCUGACGAAGGGUGCCCCUCCUGCAGGUCUUGCACGCCCCCCCCCUUUCCCAGAACUGCAGAGCUUCGGGAUGGCGAAGGUCACCCAAGGGCACCAGGCACAGGGGGUGUCUCCUGCCCCCCGUUCAUCCCGUGGCACUGUUUGGCAUUUUUGUUGCGUGGCUUUGCGGCCCACCACUAGCAGUGCCUCUGAAGUGUUUCCUCUGGAGUGACGUGAGCGUUGGAGGCUUGUCUAAGGGAAAAAAAAAUUAAGUAAAUAAAAGGCAGUGAAGGAGACUGUACAUAAAGACAUGGCAAAAAUCUUAAUUAUAGCAAUAUAGUUAUGGGGUAAUGUUCGGGUGGGCAGCUCCAUUAAAAAAAAUAUGUGAAUGAAUCUGUGAAGCUGCAAAGUAGCAAGAAGAGCGAAAGAUCUUCUUAACGAACCGCCUACCUUGUAGACAGUAAUUUGUACACUGUAUAGUUUUGUUAAGAAUUUUUUUUUAAAUUAAAAUUCCCAUGUUUGUAAAGCUAACUUUUUAACAAUUAUAAUGGAACUAUAUGUUGUUUCCAUUUUUAAAGUAAACAAGAAUAUUCCUUGUUUAGAGACUGGACUUGAGUUAAAACUCUCCAGCCUCGUAAGUUAUGUAUUAAAAAAAAAAAAAAAUCUGUCCAUGUUAGGAGUUAUUUCACAGAUUCCUGUGCUUGAAAAGCAUAGGGUACUAAUCCUUUAAAAAAGUGUAAAUGGAGAAAAGUUAUAUUUUAUGAAGGUUAUUUUGUUGUAUUUAGUAUUGGGAAAGUUGGUUUUCAGAGCAUUUCAGAAUGUCAGAAGCACCACUGUCUUUUUAUUAGUAUAUACGGCCUUUAGCAAAAGUUUUUGUGAUUGUUACGUGAUGGUAUUUAAGGUUACGUUUCACAGAGCAUUCGGGAUAGGCAGAAAACUACAACAGUGCUAUGUCUCACAUAACGUGUCCUCAGGGAGCAGAGUAUUGGAUUUGUGACUGGUAGCUUCACAAGGACUCAACAAAAGAGAUUGCACAGGGACAUAUUCAGCGGUGACACCAGGACAUGUUCUUUACCUAGAUUCAAAAAUCUACGUACUGUGUGAAACGAUGAAGGCUGCAGAAAGUUAUCCCAUAUUCAGUGUACAGUAUUCAUUUUUAAUGAAACAACUCUACAAUAUUGCUGGCAGAUAGGCCCCGAGCAUGACAUUCAAUAGAGUUUACAUGUUCCUGUCAAGGUCUUUUGUUAACAUUAACCAGCUGCAUGCUUCCUGGACUUUAAAAAAUUGGGUUUCUAUAGAAAACUUUUUUUUUUUUUUUUUUAAUGUGCAGGCUAUUCAAGUUCAAUAGUAAAAGCUCGAAAUUGAAUGUUUUACUCCAUGCUGAAGGAGCUGAAAGCUGCCUUCUUCAUAUUUUGCACUUUCUGGUAGUUCCCCUGUUUUUUCGAAUUCCUUAAAAAUUGUGUGGGUGGGGUGGAGCACUGCAGUUGGGGGAGAGCAUGGACCACUGAUUUUGCCCU